UCGGCCGCGGCCCUGGUUUCGGCACGCGCUACGGGGCUGUCGUGGGCGGCCGCAGGCGCGGGCCCGGGCCCUCCGAACAGCGCGCCGCGCGCCGCGCGCCGCCUCCGCCCCGGGAGCCGCUGGCCGCGGAAGUGACGUGGGGUCCAGUGAGGAGUUUGUUUGAAUCGGUUCCCGGCCGAACCUCGCGCUCGCCGCUCUUCGGCCACCGCCGCGGAGGGAGGAGCUGCAGGGCGCCGAGGUGGAGACCUCGCGCCGGGGGGGACCGGAGCUGAAGGCGCCGCGCGGAGCCUGCGUCUGGGCCCUGGGCGCGGCGGCCGUAGGCGCCGGCGCGGCUGUUUUUUUCUCCUUUCCCCCAAUAUGGCAGCGGCGGGCGGCGGCGGGCCCUCGGCGGGGACUGGAAGGGGCGGCCGAGGCGACCGCUGCAGGAAGGUGUACUUGUUCGACCGGCGCGAGAAGGAGUCGGAGCAGGGCGACCGGGUGGUGCAGGUCGGGGAGCGCUCGGACUACGCGGGAUUCCGCGCCUCUGUGUGCCAGACACUUGGCAUUUCACCUGAGGAAAAAUUUGUUAUUACAACAACAAGUAGGAAAGAAAUUACCAGUGAUAAUUUUGAUGAAACUGUUAAAGAUGGAGUUACUCUAUACCUGCUAAAGUCAGUUGACCAAUUACUACUAACAGCUACAAAAGAAAGAAUUGAAUUCCUACCUCACUAUGACACACUGGUUAAAAGUGGCAUGUAUGAAUAUUAUGCAAGUGAAGGACAAAACCCUUUGCCAUUUGCUCUUGCAGAGUUAAUUGACAAUUCGUUGUCUGCUACUUCUCGUAACACUGGGAUUAGAAAAAUACAAAUCAAAUUGCAUUUUGAUGAAACACAAGGAAAACCUGCUGUCACAGUGAUAGAUAAUGGAAGAGGAAUGACCUCUAAACAGCUUAAUAACUGGGCUGUGUAUAGAUUGUCCAAGUUUACAAGGCAAGGAGAUUUUGAAAGUGAUCAUUCAGGAUAUGUUCGACCAGUACCAGUGCCACGCAGUUUAAAUAGUGAUAUUUCCUAUUUUGGUGUUGGGGGCAAGCAGGCUGUUUUCUUUGUUGGACAAUCAGCCAGAAUGAUAAGCAAACCUGCAGAUUCCCAAGAUGUUCAUGAGCUUCUGCUUUCUAAAGAAGAUUUUGAGAAGAAGGAGAAAAAUAAAGAGUCAAUAUAUAGUGGAUAUAUUAGAAACAGAAAGCCAUCUGACUCUGUUCACAUUACAAAUGAUGAUGAGAGAUUUCUACAUUGUCUUAUCUCAGAGGAGAAGGAAAAAAAUAGCUUUACUGCUGUGGUUAUCACAGGAGUACAAUCAGAACACAUAUCGUACUUGAAAAAUUAUUUCCAUCUUUGGACAAGACAGUUAGCGCAUAUUUAUCACUACUAUAUUCAUGGCCCAAAAGGAAAUGAAAAACAUACAUCAAAAGAAGUUGGACCUUUCAAUAACAUUGAUAUUGAAAUUUCUAUGUUUGAAAAAGGGAAGGCACCUAAGAUUGUCAACCUAAGGGAAAUACAAGAUGACAUGCAGACGUUGUAUAUAAACACAGCAACUGAUAGUUUUGAGUUCAAAGCUCACGUUGAAGGAGACGGUGUAGUGGAAGGGAUUAUCCGAUAUCACCCUUUCUUAUAUGAUAGAGAAACUUACCCUGAUGAUCCAUGCUUUCCAUCAAAAUUAAAAGAUGAAGAUGAUGAUGAUGAUUGUUAUAUAAUUGAGAAAGCUGCAAGAGGGAAAAGGCCUAUUUUUGAAUGUUUUUGGAAUGGUCGUCUAAUACCAUAUACAUCUGUUGAAGACUUUGACUGGUGUGCUCCUCCUAAGAAGAGAGGGCUUGCACCAAUCGAGUGCUACAAUAGAAUAUCUGGUGCAUUAUUCACUAAUGACAGAUUCCAGGUCAGCACAAAUAAACUGACUUUUAUGGAUCUUGAGCUAAAAUUGAAAGAUAAGAACACCCUUUUUACAAGGAUUUCAAAUGGACAGGAGCAGCGAGUGAAAAUUGACAGAGAAUUUUCUUUCUGGCUCAAAGACUGUCAUGAAAAGUAUGACAAACAAAUAAAAUUUACACUUUUUAAAGGAAUAAUCACACGUUCUGAUCUUCCUUCUAAAAAGCAGGGCCCCUGGGCCACAUACUCAGCAAUAGAAUGGGAUGGAAAAAUAUACAAAGCAGGACAGCUGGUGAAGACAAUCAAGACACUUCCUCUUUAUUAUGGAAGCAUAGAAAAAUUUUUUCUUUAUGGUAAUCAUGAUGGAGAAGUAUAUGCUACUGGAGGAGAGGUUCAAAUUGCAAUGGAACCACGAGCACUGUAUGAUGAAAUAAAAGUUGUGCCAAUUGCAAAACUGGAUAGGACCUUUGCUGAGAAAGCUAUAAAAAAAUAUGUAGAAGAUGAAAUGGCAAGGCUUCCUGAUAGAUUGUCAGUAACUUGGCCUGAAGGAGAUGAAUUAUUUCCCAAUGAGAUUAGGCCUGCUGGAACUACCAUUGGUGCAUUAAGGAUUGAAAUACUGAAUAAAAAAGGAGAAGCGAUACAAAAGCUUCCAGGAACAGGUCAUGGAGGGUCAAAGAAACUCCUGGUUGAGCUUAAAGUUAUAUUACACACUUCAAGUGGAAAUAAAGAAAUAAUUUCACAUAUUAGUCAACAUGGAGGAAAAUGGCCUUACUGGUUUAAAAAAAUGGAAAAUAUUCAAAAAUUGGGGAAUUAUACAUUGAAAUUACAAGUUGUAUUGAAUGAAAGUAAUGCAGACACUUAUGCUGGAAGACCACUACCAUGUAAAGCAAUUAAAUUUUCUGUUAAAGAGGGUAAGCCAGAAAAAUUUUCAUUUGGUCUUCUGGAUCCUCCUUUUCGUGUUGGAGUUCCAUUCAAUAUCCCUCUGGAGUUUCAGGAUGAAUUUGGUCAUGCUAGUCAACUAAUAAAUGAUAUUCAGCCAGUUCUUGAAGCAAGUGGUUUAUCUUUACAAUAUGAAGGAAUAACCAAGGGACCUAAUUGUAUAAUUCGAGGUGUUACAGCUAAGGGCCCCGUAAACUCUUGUCAAGGCAAGAGUUUUAAUCUGAAGGUUAUUCUUCCGGGUUUUAAAGAAGACUCACAGAUUUUGAAAAUUAGAUUACUACCAGGUCCCCCUCAUCAAUUGAAAGUGAAACCUGAUUCUGAAUUUUUAGUUAUAGAAAAUGGAACAGCUUUCCCAUUUCAGGUAGAAGUUUUGGAUGAAUCAGACAAUAUAACAACACAACCAAAAUUGGUUGUUCAUUGUAAGUUUUUAGGUGCUCCUAACCUUCCACUCUACACUGUGGAUUGCAGUAGUUCUGGAACCAGUAUUUUAUCAGGACCUGCAAUUCAAGUUCAGAAUAUUAAAAAAGACCAGACGCUAAAAGCUAAAAUUGAAAUACCUAGUUGUAAAGAUGUGGCACCUGUGGAGAAAACGAUUAAGUUGCUUCCCAGUAGCCAUGUUGCAAGAUUACAGAUAUUCAGUGUGGAAGGGCAAAAGGCAAUCCAGAUCAAACACCAAGAUGAGGUUAAUUGGAUAGCAGGCGAUGUUAUGCAUAAUCUUAUCUUUCAAAUGUAUGAUGAAGGAGAAAGAGAAAUCCAUGUAACAUCAACUUUAGCAGAGAAAAUUAAAGUUAACUGGACUCCUGAGAUUAACAAAGAACACUUGCUGCAAGGUCUGCUUCCUGAUGUACAAGUACCAACAUCUGUAAAAGAUAUGCGCUAUUGCCAGGUUUCAUUUCAAGAUGAUCAUGUGUCUUUGGAAAGUGCAUUUACAGUAAGACCCCUACCUGAUGAACCUAAACAUCUAAAGUGUGAGUUGAAAGGAGCAAAAACAGUACAGAUGGGCCAAGAGCUUCAAGGGGAAAUAGUUGUAAUAGUUACAGAUCAGUAUGGAAAUCUGAUUCAAGCAUUUUCACCAAGUUCUUUAUCUGCCUUGGGAAUUGCUGGUAUUGGACUUGAUAGCUCACAGUUGAAAACUACCUUUCAGGAAAAUACACAGAGUAUAAGUGUAAGAGGCAUCAGAUUUAUUCCAGGUCCUCCUGGAAAUAAGGAACUUUGUUUUACUUGGCGUGAGUUUUCUGACUUUAUUCGAGUACAGCUAAUUUCUGGACCACCAGCUAAACUUCUCCUUAUAGAUUGGCCAGAAUUAAAGGAGUCUGUUCCAGUGAUUAAUGGAAAAGAAUUACAGCAUCCUCUCAUUGUUCAACUUUGUGAUCAGUGGGAUAAUCCAGCACCUGUACCACAGGUUAAAAUAAAUAUCAUAAAAGCUAACAAUUUAAAGCUCACUCCUUCAAACCAACAGUAUAAAACAGAUGAAAGGGGCAGGGCUAAUUUGGGAGUGUUCAGUGUUUAUGCCCCUAGAGGAAAACAUACUAUACAGGUGAAAGCCAUCCAUAACAGGAAUACCAUAGAAGGACCUAUAAUUAAGUUAAUGAUUCUUCCAGACCCUGAAAAACCCAUUCGUCUCAAUGUUAAAUAUGACAAAGAUACUUUAUUUUUAGCAGGGGGUGUUUUCACUGAUUUUAUGAUUACUGUUAUUUCUGAAGAUGAUAGCAUCAUUAAAAAUAUUAAUCCAGCACGUAUUACCAUGAAAAUGUGGAAGCACUCUAACAAUGGGAACCGACCACCAGCAAAUGCAGAAACAUUUAGUUGUAAUAAAAUAAAAGGUAAUGACAAGGAAGAUGGCUGCUUCUACUUCAGGGAUAAAGCAAUUCCUAGUAAAGUGGGGACAUAUUGUAUCCAGUUUGGUUUUAUGAUCGAUAAAGCACUUAUUCUUAACAGUGAACAGAUUAUAGUUGAUGUUCAACCUAAUCAACCUGUGAAGUUAGUACCUAAAAUUCAGCCAGCCACACCAGCUGUUUCAAAUGUUCACUCAGUUGCCAAUAGGACCCUGGUCAAAGAUUUACAUCUUAUUAUCACGGAUAACUUCAACAAUCAGACUGGACUUGAUUUGGUUGGCACUGUAAUAGCUACCAUCAAAGGCUCUAAUGAGGAAGAUACUGAUACACCACUCUUUAUCGGGAAAGUUAGAACACUUGAAUUCCCUUUUGUGAAAGGUUCCGCUGACAUCACGAGUCUAGUACUGGCAGAAAAUAGUCCUGGAAAGGAUAGUACUGAAUAUUUUAUUAUAUUUGAGCCUCAGCUACCAGAUUUAUCAAGAACAUUAGAAUCAUAUAUUCUACCAUUUAUGUUUUCUAAUGAUGUUAAGAAGCAGCAACAAAUGCUAGCAUUUGCAAAACAAAAGGAUGAAUUAUCUCAAUCUAUUGAAAUGUAUAGAACUGUAUUUGAAACCAGCAAACAACUUAUUGAUGAAAUGAAGUGCCAAGUUGAAGUAGCAAAAUCAAAAGAGGCCCAGUUGCGAAAUGAACUAAAAACAAAUAAUAUUGACAUUCCUACAACGCAACAGGUGCCACACAUUGAAGCACUUUUAAAAAGAAAGAUAUUAGAACAAGAAGAACUAAAGAAAAAACCAAGAAGAUCAUGUACUCUUCCAAACUAUACUAAAAGCAGUGGAAAUGUUUUGGGAAAGAUUGCACACCUGGCACAAAUUGAAGAUGAUAGAGCUGCAAUGGUUAUUUCUUGGCAUCUGGCAAGUGAUAUGGAUUGUGUUGUCACCUUGACCACUGAUGCUGCGCGUCGUAUCUAUGAUGAAACCCAAGGUCGUCAGCAAGUGUUACCACUUGAUUCUAUUUAUAAGAAGACUCUUCCAGAUUGGAGAAGACCUCUGCCUCAUUACCGAAAUGGAAAAUUAUAUUUUAGACCCAUUGGAGAUCCAGUCUUUGCCCGAGAUUUGUUAACGUUUCCAGAUAACAUAGAACAUUGUGAAACAGUGUUUGGUAUGCUAUUAGGAGACACCAUUAUUUUGGAUAAUUUGGAUGCUGCCAAUCAUUAUAGAAGAGAGGUUGUUAAAAUUGCACACUGUCCUACACUGCUCACGAGAGAUGGAGAUCGCAUUCGAAGUAAUGGGAAGUUUGGGGGCCUUCAGAAUAAAGCUCCUCCAAUGGACAAACUUCGGGGAAUGGUAUUUGGAGCUCCAGUACCAAAGCAGUGCCUGGUCUUAGGACAACAAAUAGAUCUUCUUCAACAGUAUCGUAAUGCUCUGGACAAGUUGAACAGUUUGACCAAGGAACUUAACAGUGAAUUAGAGUACCUGCAAUCUCCUGAAAUGAAGAAGAAAAAACAAGAACUUGAUGAACGAGAGAAAACUCUGAAACUAAUGGAGCAACAGCUUCUAAGUGUGACUCCCAUGCGUAAGUGCAGUGAUUCAUUAUUUCAUCCAACAAAGCUUGAAAUGACAGAUUGUCCAAAUCCUCCUAAAAGAAUGAGAAGAGAAGUUACAAGACAAAAUAGGACUGUAACCAAAACAAAUGUGUGAAAGGUGACAGAGAAGCGGGGACCUGUGGUCUCAGUGAGAAUGCCCUGCCUUCGGCAGCUCUGUUUCAGAAGACUAAGGAGGUGAUUUACCAGACUGAAUACCUAUGGGGACAGUACAAGCACCUGGGCAUUCAUUUCCAUGUCUGUCCAGAUGGGACUGGAAGCAGCCAUUCAAUUUUAUGACUCUUACUGGAUGAUAUGCAUUUUCUGUAAUUAUUCCAGUCCACAUGCCCUUUGGUUGUCAUUAUCUUGCAAGUGUGUCAGUGGAAAAUGUGCAAAUAUGGCAGUGACUGUAAAACUGGCACAUAGCAUUGAUUAAUCCUGAAGAAAAGUUUAUGAAUUAUUUUUCAAUAUGAUUACAAUGAAUUUACUAGAACUAUUUCUUGGAAACAAACCUUUUUAUUACUUUUGUGUAAAUUUAUUUAACAAAACUGUUUUGUUGGUUGUGCCUAAGGAAAGUUCCAGAGGUUAGGUAUUUAAUUUUAAAUAUGUGAGGAAACUCUUAAUGAAGAUUUCAAAAUAAAAGAAGAAAAAGCACCAGGUAUCUGGGAAUUCAAAUGUUAAAAUACAUGAACAAAAAUAUUAACUACAUGAGUGAACUUGUGACAGCAGUAGCAUUUUAAAUUUCUGAAGACUUUACCCUUGUAUAUAUAAAAUAGGCCACAGCAUCCAUUUUUAUAAGUAUUGUUUGAUUCUAUUAAUACUAGAUUAUAUAGUCUCAGCCUUAAUUCUACAUUUGCAUUUUUUUGUAAUUUUUUAUUACUAUUUUUAAAGAGUUAAAGAAGUUGUACACUUCCACAUCAAUGCAAUAAGGCCCUGCUAGAAAGUUGCUUCCAACACAUCUGAAUUGUGUAUUAAAGCUAACAUGUCAAUAUAUAUGUCUUUGUAUAAGUCCAGUUGUAUUGUUCUGUAAAGUUACUUUGUAAGGAAAUACUUUUGGUACAGUUUUGUGUCCCAGGAAAUGUGUAUUUUUAAUCCUUUCUAAAUACACAGUGAGGUUAAUAACUGGUGGUUUUCCUAUUGAAUAGAUUUUUUUUUUUCAUUGAAAGCUUUCUAAAAGUUAUUACCUUAGUAAAAGCUAUUACAAUGUUAACCUGUCUUUAUAAUUGGAAGUCAUUUAACUGUUUUGCUUAACAGACAAAUAAAAUGGCAAUAAUAGAAUUAGCUAAAGGAAAGAUUGGAUUCCUUUUAAGUGAAACUUGUUCUUAUUUGUUCUUAAAUAUUAGUGCUAAAGACAUCAAAGUCCCAUGUUAUA